GAUGGAUUAUAUAUUUAUAUAUAUAUAUAUAUAUAGAUAUAUAGAUAUAUGUAUGCAUGUAUAUUCUUAUGUACGUAUACAGUGAUGUGUUUCUGGAUCAAAGACUCACACAGAGCUUAUCAGUCAUGUACAUUCUACAUUGAGGAGACGUGGGCCAAGAGACACAAUGAUUGCAUUUCUUCUAGCAAUAAAAAUAAAAAAUGUUUACAUUUGAAAGAUAAAGACUAUUGUGCUUAAACUUGUCCAGCGUAAACUUUGUGCUUUAACUCGUUUAGCGGUCACUUGGUGCUUUAACUUGUCUAGCGAAAACUCUGUGCUUUAAAUUGUCUUCCAAUUCCAUCCACACCCGGAAGGUUUGGGUUUCGCAUAAGAACGCAUCAGUUCAGACUCGCCAUAUCUUCUGAUGUUGGGUAGCGGUCGAUAUAAAAGAUAAUUAUAAGAGGUACUAAACACGCAGAUUGGAAGAUGGUACACAAUCAAUAGACUGAUGAACAUACUAGCCAACCUAUUAGUAAGAAACGACAGCAAGUAAGCAGAACAGAUGCACGGUGAGAACUGUAGAGCCGAUGGUUGGCGGUGAUCAAUGCAAUGGAGGAUUUCGGCACUCAAGAUACCUGGAAGGCUCUACCAUGCGCAGCAAUUCACCGAUUUUCGCAUCGUGCAUCGACUGCAACAUGCGGUCCACUGUUGGUGAUUCCACCCUUUGGGCUCCAUACUUUAACAGGCAUACAGUCACGAAGGGGCAUAAUGAGAAACCUCCAGUGUCCGCUGAAACCACUAGUUGGACGUGAAGAGUUCGUGCAUAGCAGUACCUGAAGUCCUUCACAUCUCCUCAAUGCAACCCUUGUGUCUCUUGGCCCACGUCUCCUUUCCAUCCUCUUCAACUCCUGCCCUACCUAGCUGCGUUUACUGUUCCGGUUAAGCUCCACAACUACUGUUUUUUGUGUUAUUUUUCUUCUUUUUGUUAUUUAUUUAUUUAUUUAUUUAUUUUACUUUGCAGUGAUCUGACAUGUUCAUUGGUGCCCCUGGUAUGUUGAGCCACGGUCCAUGUGUGAGGAUCUGAUGUUUCUUUCUGCCAUUCUUGUGCGAAGUUGUGCAUCACAGUGAAACCUUUCCUGUGAUUUGCAUACUGCCUGAUGCUUUAGAAGGUGUGGUUGCAUCUGCGAAACCCUUUGCCGUCGGGAAGGAUGAUGGAGCAGGAACUCAAGGAUGUACGUAGUGUUCCUGAGGAAUGACUGGGAAUGGGUUCAACCGGAUGGCGCGUCGGGUAGAAGGAACCGAAUCUAAGCUAAUUCCUACUCUUUUGGAGCAUUGGCCGCGACGGUCAUCACGUGAGGAUGGCUGCACUGUAGUUUCUUCCAAGCCACCUUCCUCUAAUCCAGAGUAUAAUAGCAGCUCAUCUUCAAGGGACCCGCGUACACUUUGGGACGUCGGCGUUCAACCACCUUCAGAGUCACAGCAAUCUUCGAAGCAGUCUGCCCGUACUUCAUUCACACCCAAACAGCCAGCGCGACUUGCAGGCGGCAGCGGGUAUACUUGCUGCCCCUGUCCUUCACUGCAGUCACCAGUGGAAUCAUGUUUACCUGGAUUACACCAGAAAUAUGUGGAUGUCUAUGAUUCAAAUACAUGUAAAGAAGGCCAUCUUCCCGCUGGAUAUCGACGUUUCGUUGAACACGAUGAUCUCUACCUGCCCCUAUCCCGGAAUAUCAAUCCUGCCUCAUCAAACUGCGGACGCUUGUGUUCGCCGAGAGAGUGCUUUCCUCAAGACUGUGGCCCUUGUGACUUACGCUUGUGUGAUUCGGACGUUACUUAUGGAGACAUUUACUUGCCGCCGUCAAGACCGUGCACCCCCGCCCUCCCCCUGGAUUCAAGCCGUUACCCACCUCCCAGUUCGUGUCCACAACUUGGACCAUUUUGUCAGCCUCAGAUUCAAUGCACCUGUCCACCUCACAUCAAGAAAUUGGCCGCAGACCCGUCACGAAGCUGUAGCUGCCCACCUUAUGUAAAGACAAUGUCUGCUUGCUCAGUCGAAGCCAAUUCCCCUCGAAAUUGUGUUUCCGUGGACCCGAGGUGUGCAACCUGCGACUGUCAGAAGCCGAAAUGCCCCCCUCCAUCAGUUCGCACGUCGUGUAAAACUGCUUCUCCAACUGGUUCACCUCGUCGACUUGCUCCAUUGUGUAAUCCAUAUGGGUGACCUUGCGCACCUCCACCUUCAUCCCCUUGUUCAGCAUUUGACGAUGUUCACAAGCCCACAUUUAAGGAUUUUCAGUCCAAGGUGCAAAGAUUGCGACUGCCAUAAGCCCAAGAACUGCAAGUUAUCCACGCAAAUCUGCAAGUUUUGUCGUGGCUCAGGCUAUUGCUGCGAAAACCAGACGAGGGUGCAACAGCUCUCGUCCCCGAGCUCACCCAAGUCAAUGAAAACCCUUAAAGCGCCACAUGACAAGGAGUACUCUAAAAUAGAGAGAUCCAUGAAUUCACUACAGAUGAAAGGUUUUGUAUCUGAGGAUACAUACCAAUCAGACUAUGAACACCCGACCAAGAUCACAAAAGGGGAAUUCGAUUCAUCAUGUACCAAAGAAUUUGAGUUGGAAUCGAAGACACUACUAACAGAAUCCCAGUCGAAAGGCUUACAACUUUGCGGUAACGGCAAUUGUCAACCUAUUCAAUCUAAGCUUCCGAUGCAUGCCGAUUGCCCAUUCUGCAAGCAUGGACAGUCGUGCUGCUGUGAUACGUGCAGUUCCCAGGUCUCGACUUAUCCCCAUAAGUCAUAUGCACUCGACGGCCUUCCGCCACAGCUCGCAACGAUGAGCAUUGGAGGCCCGAUGGGGUCCUGCAAUGCAACAGGACUUUAUGGACCCAAGUCUGGUUCUCAAGCGCCGAGGAAGAAGAGGGAUGUCAUCUCACCAGAUAAAUAUGCUUUUAGAUAUUCACCUAUAAAAGCCACUUCGAAUGCCAAAGUGAGACUCCCGAGUCCACGACGGCGGACAUAACCGAGUCAACAACAAUCGCCUUGUCGAAGGUAGUGAGCUUCGUGGUGAAAAAUAAAUGAAACGGCUUCGAGGUUGAAUCAGGUUUAGCAACUCCGAACGUGCCGCCUUCGCAUUCUCUUUGCGUAUGAUCUGCCGAAUCAUGCACACUUAAUGUGAACCUCAGUUCAAUUUCGUCGCACCCCUAUUUCUACUUCAUGAUUCUAAGAGAAAGCUUCAAAACUUAAGAGACUCCGCAGUGUCGGUAGCUGUACGCCAGACCCAUCCACGGCCACUAUGUUUCGGGAGAGUCUAUUGCUGUUUCCCACUUCCCUCGCCAUGCAACUUGAAGCUUCUAACCCGUGUCUAUAUCUGUUGCAUUCUGUCCGUAGUUACUUGCAGAUAGUGAUUCUCACAACCAAUUCAGUUGGUAAAAGCAUAAGUGAAAUAGUUUCUUUUGCAGACUGCGAAAUUCAACGACAGUACGUUUGAACAUCAACUGGUGUUUUGACUGUUGUCAUGAAAUCUGACUCCUGCAAAGUUCUAUUGCUUCUAAGUUGGAUAGUUGAAUUUGCAUUGCUCUACAGAUUGAUUUAUUCGUUGUUUGGAAAAUGUGAAAACUUAGAAUAUAGUUUUCUUCAUCUUCUCAAUGAUGACUGGGUGCAUUGAUGUGACGACCGUAUUGAGUGCUGUUGUGGCACUGUUUGUUUAUACAUUAGGCUGCUUGUGGUAGGACAUAAAUGUGACCUACAGCGGCCUACAAUUGGAACAUUUCCAUAAGCAUUAAUCAAAAAGAAAAAUUUAGAGACC